AUGACCACCAUGGCUCGCGUGGAUGAGACGCUGGCGCGUUUCAAAGGCAAGUCGCCGCGGGACAGCUACAAGCAAGUCUGCGGCGAGCUCAACGUGCACAUGCAGCGCGAGAUCUAUGCGGCACUGCCGGAGAAGCCGAUGGCGUGGCACCACAUCUACACGCUGGACUUGGAGACGUCUCUGUUGGGCACCAAAGGUUGCAUGGCGAUGCUGCCUCUCAUCACCGUCAGCACCUCGAUGCGCAAGCUUAGUCUGCGCUCGUGUGGCUUGUCGGACGAGUUUGUGAUUCAGCUGUGUGCCGUCCUGCAGAGCCACCCGUCCAUACGGUCGGUGGAUAUCAGCGACAACGAGCUCGUUACGGUGUACAGUGCGCCGCACAUCAUCAGUGUCAUGCGCGCCAACUCGAACAUGGUGUUCUUCGACGUGUACAACACGCACGUCGGCUCUAACGUGGGUGACAUCAUCGCUAUACUUGGCCAGCGCAACUUGGACAAUGUCCUGCACUACUUCGAGGACCGCUAUUUCCGCAUGAAGAACCUCUUCAACUACAUGGACGCGGACGGAACGGGCUGGGUGGUUCUCAAGUCUCUCGCCCUAAACUGCCCAUACCCGGUGCUGCAGGAGCAGUUCGUCGAGCGUAUUGCCGCUAAGCAGCCCCGCAAGCGUUCCGACAACACCAUCAGUAUCAACACGUUUUUGCAGCUGGUCUACAUGAACUACAAGACCGAGGCGGAGAUCGGGUCGUAUUGUAAUGAGACGAUCGACGUGCCCUACGUGUUCAUGGUGGCGAACUGGAAGCAGUUGCUGCACGCCGUGGAGCGGUACAACGCGCGCGCCGCUGGCAUGGAGGAUGGCCAGGACCCGCACACUCCUGUGCAACUCCCCGACAACCUCCACCGCUGGCGUCUGCGAGACUACAUCAUAACGCCUGACGACGCAGACGCUAUGGUGGAGGGUGCGGUGCAGCUGAUGGAGCACUCAUCGGCGAUGGAGGAAGGGGAACCGGAACUUAACGAGUCGGGCGAGCGCGCUGAGCUGGCUGCCGAGGGGGACAGCGACAAGCAGACGGAGGAGAACGCGCCGGAGGUGGCCUCACUCCUGAUCCCCAUCACCAUCCUUCUCCGGGCCGCCAAGUCAGUCCUCGUUUUUCCUCCCUCCGCCGCCAAGCCCUCGUACAACUUCUACACCGACCGCGACGCCGCUUACGUGCCGGAUAUCCUGCGUAACGGGUCGCGUCUCUUCAGUGUCAGUCGCCUCUCCUGCCUCUUCAGCGGUGGUGCCUCCACCACCGGCAACAGCAUAAGCUCGGCCGACGUCGUGCAGGACUCCAGCGACCAGCCGCACACCUUCUCGCUGCCCCCGUCAAUGGUGAAGAUGGUGGUGGACUUCUUCAACAAAGAGCACAGAAAAAUACCCACGAAGAAGCAGUCCGUAGUCCCUGACAGUCCCCGAACUCGCCGCGACAAAGCCAUGGAGAAGGCAGCGAUCCCUGUGCCGACGUUCCUUAGCGCCGAGUUCGUCAGCGACCUGGAGCGGGUGUGUCCUCGCCUCCUCGCUGACUACUACGCUCGCCACGCAGUGCUGAUCGACGAUGGCACCAUCACGCUGCAGGAAAUGGUGAACGUGCUGGACGAGAUGUACGCGCAGUGCCGCAUCGACCGUCUCAUUUCGCUGGCGGACAUCAAGGCCAUGCCAGACCCGAUGACGGAUAAGUCCCUGGUGAGGUUCGUGACCGCCCACUUCGCGGACCGCGACGAGGACAUCUCCUUCUUGGAGCCGUUCAAUGACGUGGUAGCGUACUGA